AAACAAGGGGAGCAAACGUAAACAAAGGCGGGCUGUUUUCCGCUUACGUCACUCCGAGCGACGAAAGAGGCGGGCCGGCGCCGUUGUGACGUAAUCAAGGGAACGUUUCCAUUGUGAUUACGGUUCCUUUCGGUCGCGGGUUCGAAUCCAGCCUGAGGGGUCGAAAUGGAAGAACUGAGCCAAGCCCUCGCCUCCAGCUUUGCCGUCUCCCAAGACCUCAACAGCACCGCAGCACCGCAUCCCCGUUUGGCCCAAUACAAGUAUAAAUACAGCUCCUUGGAACAGUCAGAGAGGAGGAGGCGGCUCCUGGAGCUUCAGAAGAGAAAGCGAUUAGAUUAUAUAAACCAUGCUCGGAGAUUGGCUGAGGAUGACUGGACAGGAAUGGACGAAGAGGAGGAAAAGGAGAAAGCAGAGGAAGAGAAGGAAGACAUGGAGGUCGAGCUCACGAGGAAGCUGCCAAAGCGAUACGCCAACCAGCUGAUGCUUUCCGAAUGGCUGAUCGACGUCCCGCAGGAUUUGGUGCAAGACUGGAUCCUGGUGGUGUGUCCCAUGGGCAAGCGGGCCCUGAUUGUGGCAUCGAAGGGUUCCACUGCUGCUUACACCAAGAGCGGUUUCUGUGUCAAUCGAUUCCCGUCUCUCUUGCCAGGAGGGAACCGUCGCAAUUCCGCCGCUGGGAAAGACUAUACCAUCCUGGACUGCAUCUUCAAUGAGGCCAAGCAGACUUACUACAUCCUGGACGUCAUGUGCUGGCGAGGGCAUCCUGUGUACGACUGCCAGACCGAUUUCCGGUUCUACUGGCUCCAGUCGAAAAUGCAAGAGGAAGAGGGUCUGGCAGAGAAGAGUCGGCUGAAUCCCUAUAAAUUUGUGGGCCUGCAGAGUUAUUCCUGUGCGCCGGACAGUCUGCGCGACGUUUUGAGCACCGACUUCCCCUUCGAGGUCGACGGGCUUCUCUUCUAUCACAAGGAGAGCCACUACAACCCCGGCAGCACCCCGUUGGUGGGCUGGCUGCGUCCGUACAUGGUUUCCGACAUCCUGGGCCUGCCGGUGCCGUCGUGCCCGCUGACCGCCAAGCCCGAAUACGCCCAGCACCAACUCCAGCAGAUCAUCCAACACAAGAAGAGCCCGAAGAAGGUCGGCACGGACGCCCAGAACGGGCGCUACGAACUGGAACACCUCUCCACCCCAAAGCCCGACAAACGUCCCUCCGUCUCGGAAAACACCGCCAGCGAGAUGGAGAAUUUGGAAAUAUGACGUUCUUCACGCCGAGAAGACAAUCUCCAGGUACGGAGACCAAGCUAAAGGUGACGGCGGAUCCGUUUUAAAGUGAUUUUUUUUGCAGGGAACGGUGUGUUUUCAUACCACACUCCGGUGGCUGGGUUUCAUCACAUACAAAAGGUAAAUCGACCAGCGGAAACUUUUGGCGAUGCUAUUUUUCACGGGACACGAAAGCGCCUCGAUCUCGAGAGACAUCACAAUCCUUAUUUCAAAAGCUUUUUGGGGAUGUUAUUUUUUUUUAAUUUUUUUUGCGGGACACGAAAGCACCGCGAUCUUGAGAGACAUCACAAUCCUUAUUUCAAAAUAUGUUUUGAUCUCAAGAGACAUCACAAUCCUUAUUUCUAAAGCUUUUUGGGGAUGCUAUUUUUUUUUUUUUUUUGCGGGACACGAAAGCACCGCGAUCUCGAGAGACAUCACAAUCCUUAUUUCAAAAUAUGUUUUGAUCUCAAGAGACAUCACAAUCCUUAUUUUAAAAGCUUUUGCCGAUGCUAUUUUUUUUUUUUUUUGCGGGACACGAAAGCACCGCGAUCUCGAGAGACAUCACAAUCCUUAUUUCAAAAUAUGUUUUGAUCUCAAGAGACAUCACAAUCCUUAUUUCAAAAGCUUUUUGGGGAUGCUAUUUUUUUUUUUUUUUUUUUGCGGGACACGAAAGCACCGCGAUCUCGAGAGACAUCACAAUCCUUAUUUCAAAAUAUGUUUUGAUCUCAAGAGACAUCACAAUCCUUAUUUUAAAAGCUUUUGCCGAUGCUAUUUUUUUUUUUUUUUUGCGGGACACGAAAGCACCGCGAUCUCGAGAGACAUCACAAUCCUUAUUUCAAAAUAUGUUUUGAUCUCAAGAGACAUCACAAUCCUUAUUUCAAAAGCUUUUUGGGGAUGCUAUUUUUUUUUAUUUUUUUUUGCGGGACACGAAAGCACCGCGAUCUUGAGAGACAUCACAAUCCUUAUUUCAAAAUAUGUUUUGAUCUCAAGAGACAUCACAAUCCUUAUUUCAAAAGCUUUUUGGGGAUGCUAUUUUUUUUUUAUUUUGCGGGACACGAAAGCACCGCGAUCUUGAGAGACAUCACAAUCCUUAUUUCAAAAUAUGUUUUGAUCUCAAGAGACAUCACAAUCCUUAUUUCAAAAGCUUUUGCCGAUGCUAUUUUUUUUUUUUGCGGGACACGAAAGCGCCUCGAUUUCAAUAGACAUCACAAUCCUUAUUUCAAAAUAUGUCAGACACAUUCAUUUGAGUAACCGGGGCUUCUCACAACUUCCCACCAUAUUUAGAUCACGCUCACAUUUAAAAAUAAAAUUAAAAAUAAAAUAAAAUUAAAAAAUAAGAUAUAUAAAAUAUUGGAAAAGGGAAGCUUUUGCCUUCGAUCUACCAUCCGCACAUAUUGGUUGUUUCCUAAUGUAUAGGUUUGAGCUGCACUGAAAACAAUAAAGGACUUUGGAGAGAUUUGCAAA